UGUUGCUGUUGCCACCUCCCGUGUUGGGUGGGUGGAAUGCCAUUCUUUUACAACUGGCAGUAGUACAUCUUACAUCCGUCUACUGCUCGGUUGGCGAUCGCUUCUCGUUGACAGACUAGGAUAAUCACUCGUGGGAGCAGCCGAAAAUGACGUUACAUGAGGGUGUCUCGCUGUCGUUCCGCGACGCCGUGUUUAUCCCCGCCACGCUGGCGUGUUCCCAAGACGACCCCGACCACCCACGCUCAGAGUCAGUCAGAAGCCAACACUCAGACGCCGUACAUAGGCAAUGCUCGCCCUCCUCCAGUAAGGGCGAUCCGAGUAGUAUCGCCGCACACCCAGCCUCCGCGUCUUUCGGGAGUCCCGCUGCCGACUCGCGCUGGGACGCGAGGAACGACGCGGCGGACGAGCACUCAUCGCCAUCAGCCGUCGCCGAAAGCGGGGACGUUGCCGCCGAAGGCGGUGCUUCCGCCGCGACGGGCGCCGUUGCCGCCGAAACCGCCGGUGACGCGUCGCGAGAACUACUCGCUUCGAUGCGCAUGCCUUCCUUCUCCUUCUUUCCCGCGCCGACGCAGACGAUGACAGUUAGUAGCGUCGUUAGCAGCGAUGAAACUUCUCAGCACUUUCCGAAGAGCAGUAGCGACGAUGGUGGUCUGACCGGUCCCAAUCUGAUGAUUCCUCUACUAACGGCGCAUCAUCAGCCGGGUGUGACGGCAUCUCACCACGGCUCUAGUACCAACGGCUCGCGACGAAAGCUUUCGCGAAUGCUGGCGAAAAAGCACAGCGACGGCGGCGAGGUUCGCCAAGUCGCCAGCUCUCCGUCGCGAAUUCCGCCGCCGCCAAUUGUAACACCAAGCCUCCAGUCGCACGACUCGCCCACGGAAUACCCGACUCCGAGAGCAGUCGUCGUGGCGGACGCGAGUCGCGCCGCCAUCCUGCCGCCGACGUACCUCGACCUGGCGUCGCCGCGCCGACCGAGAGUCGGCUUCAGAAGCCAUGGCUUGGCUCUCAGGCGCCCCGCCGAUCUGCUGCUCGGCUCCCCCACGCCCUCCCCUCGAGGAGUCGCAGCCGCCGCCGCCGGGGUCGUUCGGACGAAGCUCGGUUUGAGAGCGCGAGGAUGCGCGGGGCGCCCGCUGGUGGCGGAGGGGGACGAGUCGUCGGACGAGGACGAGGCGGAGGGAGACGCGGGGAGAGAAUUGGGGGGAGAAUUGGGGGGAGAAUUGGGGGGAGAAGUGGGGGGAGAAAUGGGGGGAGACACGGAGAGAGAGGCGGAGAGAGAGGCGGAGAAAGUUCCGGAAUUGAUUAAGGAGGGCAGCGCGGGUAUCGCAAGCCCGCGUUUUCCGUGUGAAAUGGGCCGGCGGAAGGCUCAGGAAUUCCCGCCCCUGGUCGCGCUGAAGAACGCGCAAGCGGUGGCGGAGCGGAUGAUGGCGGGGAUUGCGCGCGGGGAGAACGCAGGGGCGGAGGGCGGAACGGGGAGCGGACAGGGGGGCGCGGGGGACGGCAAGGGGAAGGCAAGAGGGCCGUGGGAGGUUGUGAUGGAUCCAGUGGGACAGCUUGUCGUGUAUCGAGACACGCUUAACGGGUGCAAGGAGCCCCUUUCUGUCCGUCCAGCUGUCAUCGGAGUAGUGGAGGAGCUGCCUGACGUGGCAUGUGCUGACGUGGCAGUAGAGGGGAGGCCGUGGGAGCAGGUGGAGCGUGCUAUGCGGGAUUGGACGGCGACUGUCGGCAUGCUGAUGGCGUUGCUGCAACCUGGUGACGUCACUGCCGGUGCCGCAGCCACCACUGCAAAGACUGAGCAAGCGCAUGGCAGCAGUGAUGAUAACAAUGAUGAUAGUGAUGAUGAGAAUGCUGCUGACGUGUCACUGCCACCACCCUCAUCGUCGUUCUCAGCACCCUUGGCACUAUCACCAGCGCCGCGCGCAUUAGCAUGCGCAUCAGCAGCAGCAUCACCAUCACCAUCCCCAUCACCGUCUCCGCGCAUCCCUCCGCUCUCCAUCACGGCUCCCCUGCACGCUAUUGCCCGGCGGAGCAAAGCCGCAUCACCCUCCCAGCACGCCCGGAGCAGGUUGGACGGGGAGCCGACACUGACGGCGGAGCCUAGGCAGAACGCAGAGCGCGAGGCAGCUGAGCGCGAGGCAGCGUGUGCUGGGGCGGUGCCGGCAUGCACGGCUGUUGACGUGCGUGACACGAGGCGGGCAUGCGUUGAGCGCUGUAGGGCAGCGGAAGUAAGCAGAGAUUGGGACAAUGGGGCGGCAGGGAGAGGGUCGAAUGAUGGGUCUGCUGCUGCUGCUGCUGCUGCUGCUGCUGCUGCUGCUGCUGCUGGAGCAGGGAUUGCUAAGAAGGAAACAAGUGCAGAAGGUUGCAGUGGUGCCGCUGCGGCUGAGAGCAGCAAGGUUGAAUCAGAGGAUUCAUUCGAUUCGUCCUCUUGCUCCCUCUCCUUCUCCUCAGCCUUCCUUAUCUCCAGUAGCAGUACAAGUAGUAAAUGCAGCAGCAGCAGCAGCAACAGGAAAAGCAGCAGCAGCAGCAGCAACAGGAGAACCACCACUGCAACCAGCGCCACAACAGCAGAUGCCACUACCAACACCACAACACCCACCACCACCGCAGCAGCCAGCGUCACUCUGUCCUCCAUCUUGGCUCAUCUCCUCUCCAACGCUCGCGCCUUGGCCGACCCUUCUUCUGCCCCGAGCAGCCUGCGCAAGUCCCUGCUGCUCACAGAAAUGUUUGUAGCUGCCCGCCGUUCUGCGCCUGUGUUCGAUGCUUACCUGGCAGGCAAGCCAGGGGAACACGUGUUGGCAUGUGACUGGUCAACGCAGCUCCCAAGGCAGCUGGCAGAGGGCGUCCUGGGCGUCUUUGAGUGGGUCGCUGAAGGGCUGGAGAAGGCAGCAGUGGCAGCAGCAGCAGCAGCACGCACUACAAAGAAGUCUCACAGGCGCCAAGUGACCGAUCUGCUUUCGCCGCGGCACCAAGCACCACCUCUCUUCUCUCCCCGGGGAGCGUCACCGCCGCUCUUCUCCCCGCGUGCAAGCUCGCCCGGGUGGGGGCAGCUGGACCCCAAGCCACUGCCCAUGGUGGCGAGGGUGGUGGCACAUAUUGAGGAGUACGCGGACUGGGACACUCCUGCUCCGUUCAUCCCUCCAACUGAACCUGAUGCGCCUGCAGCUUCGGUCCGAACCUAUGCAGGAGCCUUGGCAGGCAUUUUCUCGGAGUUUGGAGGGGGGGGAAAGGGCGGAGCGGGAGCGGGGAGCGGAGCACCUGGGGGUGGGGGUAUGGCCAGCCUUUGGAAGGGUGGACGUGCGGGGGGAGGGUUGAGCAGCCAAGAUGUGACACUUAUGGGGGUGACUGAAAGGAUGGUGAAGGCUCUUGUGGGCGUGGUGGAGGGGAAGGCAGCUGCAUGUGAUGAUGACGUCAUCAGAGCACUGUUCAUGCUCAACAACACAUGCGUCAUUCAGCAAGCCUGCCAGCGCUUCCCAGCAAUCACCCCCUUGUCAGCUGCAGUGGAGUCUCACUCGCAGGCCUUCCUGCUUGCAGCUACCAGGAAGCUGCAGCAGGGGUUGCCAUCCCCUGACAGGAGUCAGAAGAUGAGCCGGCGCCAGGUGGAGGAGAGGCUCUCAGAUUUCAACAAGGCGUUUGAGUCGAUCUCUCUGCAGCAGCUCUCCUGGCCAAUAGCGGAUGCUGAUUGCCGUGUGGCCAUGCGGAAAAGAUGGGCCACUCAUAUUGCAACCCUCUACAGUGAUUUUGUGGAUCCCCAUAUGGACUGGCUGCCGGACUCUCCCUCCUUCCGCCUGGAACCCCCUGUGCUGGAGCGGUUAAUUCUCAAGACUUUCUUUCCACGCAUCGGCUCUUGCUCCACAGCAGCUCGUUCUCCUCGCCCUGUGCACGCAUAUGAAUCCACUUCUCUAAUUUUGCCACGUCUUCCUCAUUCAUGCCCUCUUACCAAGUCCAUGGAAUGCGCUACCACUUCAUAAGAUACGACAUGCAUUUUGAAUCAGAUGUGACAUUGUAUAUAGAAAAUAAUAAUUUGCCUUCCCUUGCUGAUGUGCUGUAU